GAAGGCGGGAGGACGCGCGCCUGGCCGCCUGCCCGCUCGCUCGCUCUCUUGCUCCCUCCCUCCCUCGGCCGGUGGGUUCGUCAGUCAGUCCGCCAGCAGCCGGCGGGCCCGCGCGCCGCGGAGAGCCGGAGACUCGGCGCUAGCGCCUCCUUCUGCCAUUGUUCGUUGGGCGGCUGCAGCGGCGGGCGCCGGUCCCCGGUCCCCGGAGCCACCGCAACAUGACAACACAGACGAGUUUGGUAGCUGAGUCUGAAAGUUCACAGCACCAACAGGAGGAGGGAGAGGGAGCCACAAGCUCAGGCCAACAAGAAACUCAGCUGGAAGAGGUUUCUCAAGCCGCAGCUGAGGGAGAUAACCAGUGUGAGCCGAAGCUGAAAACAUCUAACGGAGACACUCCCACACAUGAAGACUUGACCAAGAAUAAGGAGCGGACAUCAGAAAACAGGGGCCUGUCACGGCUGUUCUCCUCAUUUCUCAAAAGACCUAGAUCUCAGGUCUCUGAGGAAGAAGGCAAAGAAAUAGAGUCAGCUAAAGAGAAAGGUGAAGGAGGUCAGAAAGAGAUAGAAUUUGGAACCAGUCUUGAUGAAGAGAUCAUUUUAAAGGCCCCAAUUGCGGCUCCUGAACCUGAACUCAAAACAGACCCAUCCCUGGAUCUUCAUUCGUUAAGCAGUGCAGAAACACAGCCUGCUCAGGAAGAACGCAGAGAAGAUCCAGACUUGGAAACUAAGGAGGGAGUACUUGAAGAGUGCUCUAAAAUAGAAGUCAAAGAAGGAAGUCCUGAAUCUAAAGCUGAAAGAGAAUUAAAAGCUCAGAAAUCAACCAGAAGACACAGAAACAUGCAUUGCAAGGUUUCUUUGCUGGAUGACACAGUUUAUGAAUGUGUUGUGGAGAAACAUGCUAAGGGACAAGAUUUGCUUAAAAGAGUGUGUGAGCACCUCAAUCUCUUGGAAGAAGACUACUUUGGUCUAGCCAUUUGGGAUAAUGCAACCUCUAAGACAUGGCUGGAUUCCGCCAAAGAAAUAAAAAAGCAGGUUCGUGGUGUCCCUUGGAAUUUCACAUUUAAUGUGAAGUUUUAUCCACCUGAUCCAGCACAGUUAACAGAAGAUAUAACAAGAUAUUAUUUAUGUCUUCAGCUUCGGCAGGACAUAGUUGCAGGACGUCUGCCCUGUUCCUUUGCAACCUUAGCAUUACUAGGUUCCUACACCAUCCAGUCUGAGCUGGGAGACUAUGACCCAGAACUCCAUGGCACUGAUUCUAUUAGUGAUUUUAAACUGGCCCCAAAUCAGACCAAGGAACUUGAAGAGAAGGUCAUGGAGCUGUACAAGUCAUACAGGUCCAUGACUCCAGCUCAGGCUGACCUGGAAUUUCUUGAGAAUGCCAAAAAGUUGUCUAUGUAUGGUGUUGACCUUCAUAAAGCAAAGGACUUGGAGGGAGUAGAUAUCAUCCUAGGUGUCUGCUCUAGUGGCCUUCUGGUUUACAAAGAUAAGCUGAGAAUUAACCGCUUUCCUUGGCCCAAAGUGCUGAAGAUUUCUUACAAACGCAGCAGCUUUUUUAUCAAGAUUCGGCCUGGAGAGCAAGAACAGUAUGAAAGUACCAUUGGAUUCAAACUUCCCAGUUACCGAGCAGCUAAGAAAUUGUGGAAAGUCUGUGUAGAGCAUCACACAUUUUUCAGACUGACAUCUACAGACACCAUUCCUAAAAGCAAAUUUCUUGCACUGGGAUCCAAAUUUCGAUACAGUGGCCGGACUCAGGCUCAGACCAGGCAAGCUAGUGCUCUGAUUGACAGGCCUGCCCCACACUUUGAGCGUACAGCGAGCAAACGGGCAUCCCGGAGCCUUGAUGGAGCAGCAGCUGUUGAUUCAGCAGACAGAAGUCCGAGGCCCACCUCUGCACCAGCCAUUGCUCAGAGUCAGGUCACAGAAAGCAGUGGCACAGGUUCUAAAGCUCAGAAGGAAACAGAGAGGGUUGCCAUGGAAGGGGAAGAAGUACCACCUGAGCAGGCUGAGCCCACAGAAGUGUGGAAGGUGGAAAAAACCCACAUCGAGGUCACAGUACCCACCUCAAAUGGUGACCAAACACAGAAGCUUGCAGAAAAAACUGAAGAUCUGAUAAGAAUGAGGAAGAAAAAGAGAGAGAGACUAGAUGGUGAAAACAUUUAUAUCAGACAUAGCAAUUUAAUGUUGGAGGAUUUAGACAAAAGUCAAGAAGAGAUCAAGAAACAUCAUGCUAGCAUCAGUGAGCUGAAAAAGAACUUCAUGGAAUCUGUACCAGAACCACGCCCUAGUGAAUGGGAUAAGCGCUUAUCCACUCACUCUCCCUUCCGAACACUUAACAUCAAUGGGCAAAUCCCCACAGGAGAAGGAGUGAAGAAAACCUCUAUCCUUCCCUCGGAAAGAAAGGUUGGUGGGCCAGAGACACAGGAACGUGCUCUGUUAGUGCAGGAUGAAGAGAAAAUUAAAAGGCAAGAGAGAUCUACUGAGAGAGCCUUGCCCCAGCAAGAAAAUGAAGAAAUUCUUCCCAAGGUUUCUAUUCCAAUCCCUGAGGACCACAAGUCUCUCAAAAAGUGCCGCCUCUACUCUAGUACUUUUCCAUCUCCUCGUAUUCCUUUUAUGAUGUCUUUUCUCUUGGUUCUUGCGUUGGCUGUUUGGUGGUUAGUCUUUCUGUGAUCGGCAAACAGGGUGCUCAUCUGAAAUGUCAAGACUAAAACCAUUGAACUUUUGUCAUUGGCUUCUACUGUGUACUUCCUGUAUUAUGCCCUCUGAUCUUGAUAGUUCACUGUCCUAGGAGAGCUCUUGUGAUCAUUUUUCUGUCAAUAAAGCGUUAUUCUUUGUAGAAUAUGUAUUGUAGGGUACAAAGGAGUAGCAAUGGAUUUCCCAAGCCAGCUUUUCUCACUGAAAUUUAACAAUUUUAAAGCAAAUCAAAUUUAAGCAUAUGGCAGGUUGGUACUUCCCCCAAAAGCAUUAACUCUUCUAUCCUGCAUGUUCUUACUGUUCCUGAGUUCUCCUCUGCAGUGUUUCACACAAAGCAGGAUACUCUGUAGAAACAUUUGAUGGAAUAUUUUCCUAAUCUUCUAUAGUCAUUUGUGUGGCAUGGGCUCUGUAAUUUAAGAAAAAAAACUCAAUUUGCUAACCUUUCAGAAGCCUUAAAAUAAUACAUUUUAACCUAUGAAUCCAUAACCACUCCUUUUCUUGAGAUAUCAAACCAGUGUAUACAAAGGCCUCUUUCUGAAAAGGGCUUUUGACUUUUGUGGCCUUCUUAUGUAUAUUUCUGAGAUGUACAGGGACAAACAACUUUAUCCUGCCUGGUGUACAGAAAAGAUCUGCAAAGGUUAAAUGCCAUCUUUUCACAAGUAGAAUGUUGAUGGUUUAAGGAAAAUGGUGCUGGUGCCCCUUAGCCUCCUUCCAGGGCUGAAUUUCCCAGACUCCUCUGCCCUGGAGUACAGAUUUAUUCAAGAUCUGUACAUAAACAUACUCUUCUCUAAAUUAAAAUACUGUUAUCACUUCUUUAUGAGUUAAAUAAUUAUUGCUAGAAGCAAUAUUUAGCCAUUAUGAUAAACUAAUAAUGUAUGUUGAUAUAAUUUGUUUUCUUGACAGACUUCAGACCUGUUUAUUCUACUUUUGUGUUGGAAUCAAUGUUUUUGAUCUAUAGCCUUGUGAGCUAAAGUUUUAUUGUGACAAGUAUAUGUUCUCUGUUUGCAUGUUGAUUUUUAAGGCUUCCCUGAAGUAAAUAUGAGAAUGCAAUCUCUUCACAAUGCAGCUCGGAUGCCUAGCCUGUUAUUCUUUAACCUCGGUAUUAAUGAAAUGUUGCAUGUAGCUUGCUUUUUAUGGCACUUGAAUGUACCAAUAUGGAUGAUUUGGUUCAUGUUGUCUCAAAUAUUUAUUUUGAAGUCUGAGUUCAUAGGGUUGUCAACCUGAGAUUACUGCACUUUGUUUUACUUCUCAAUGCUUUUCAGUUGAUGAUACUUCUUAAAACAAUGUUUUAAGAUGGUGGCUUCGUAGAACAAAAAAAGAGAACAGUAAAGUCAAGAAUCUUUUGUCCUUCAGCACCCACCACAAUUGUUCUGUUCUCUCUGGAGACAUAUAGAAAUAGUUCUCUGGUAUCUCUUGAAAAUUGCUACUCUGUCACUAUAGGGUUUCCCACGAAAUGGGAAAAGGAGUAAGGAAUGGGUUCAAUUGUAAAAUCUGGUAUGCAUGUGUAUCUUUCAUGUCAUAACAAACAUUUAUAACAAAUGUUUAUAACAAACAUUUUAUCAUUAGUAUAUUUAUUGUUUCACUUACAAUAAGAAAAGAGAUACCUCAGAUCAACCUGAACUAUAGCAAAGCUAUACUCAGAGGGAUUAUAAGGACUCCCCUUUAUCUGUGAAAUACAGAUAUAAGAGCUUGCCUUAUGAAGUAACAAACCAUAGCAUUGGUUAGAUUCUUUUAAAAAAUUUUCAAGGAACUAAAAAGGAAAUAAUAUUAGAAUUUUAUUGAUACUUUUAUACCUUUCAGGUUGUAUUUCCAGUUUUCAUCCUUGUACACAGCUUUGUAUUAUUCUUGUAAACUCCACCUUGAUUUUUGUUUGCCUUUGUAUUGGAGUUACUCCAAGACCAUUAAAAAGUUUAGUGUAAGUCAACAAUACAGUUUUCUGAACUGCAGCAGGAGUCCUCAGAGAUCUUUACUUAUGGUCAAAGGAAAGCCCCUUUCUUCUAUUAAUAGAGUAGGAAUGGUUGAGAGGAGAGGAGCCAAGUCAUCAGUUAUCAGAGGAAAAAUGUUGGACAUUACAGAUUUGUAUUAGCUAAAGUUAAUGCUGCUGAUAUUUGUGACACAAAGCUGUAAAUAGUCAUAGUUUCCUUCUCAUGUCUCAUUCCAUUCUGAAAAUCAAAGGCAGAUCCAAGUAACCGUGUAUUGGUUUUACCCUUGUUCAUCAUCUUAGUGUCAGGUUGAUAGUAAAAAACAAUUUGGAAUAAAGGUAUCAAUACAGACCAGUAAAAAGUCUUGGGCUUUUACCUUGGUUUUGCUGUUAAUCAUUUCUAGGGUGACUUGGAGAAGUUCAUUUAACUACUUGGUGCCCAGAUUUCCACCUAGUAAUGCAGAGACAAACCUACCUCAUGAGAAUGAAUCUGUAACAUGUUCUAGGAACCCGAAGCUCUGGUUGUUGUUCAAUACUUGCUCCUUUGGGAGCUUGGAGAUGGAAAUUAAAAAACAAGCACACACAUAUUAACUUCUUGGAAUUUUUCCUAUGAAAGCAAGCAAUUAAAUAGAUGUGUUUAUUUCCAUCUACUCCUUAAUGAUAUUUGACCAAGCAUUUAAAAUUACUAAAGUUAAAAAUGUCUUUCCAAAUUCACCAGAGUCUUAAGCACUUAUCCAUAUGGCAUACUUUUUAAACAUUGAAGUAUAGUUGAUACACAACCUUAUAUUAUAGACAAUCUUAGUUUCAAGUAUACAGCACAUUGGUUCAACAGUUACCGAUAUUAUUAAAUCCUCCCCCUGGCUAGUACAGCUACUAUCUAUAUAGUAUACUUAGAGUGGACCAUACUUCAAAUUAAACCUAGUAUCUAUGUUUUAGGUCUAUCUUUUAGCCAUAUCCGUAUGCUAACACUUGAAAUAUGAAGGCAAUUCAGUUUACAUGGGUCAAUUUUACUACUUAUUUACAUCUUUGGUAAAGGUUUUGAAGGGAGAAGGUAUUGACUCUGUUGACAAAGAUUAGAUGGGAUUAUCUUUGCAGUGGAUUCCCAAUUGUCAUCCUGGAUCUGAACAUUUCUUUCUAUUAAAUAUUAUUGUAAAUUGUACUCAGAAAUUUCUGUGGCUAUAAACCAAUUCACUUGUCUCCUACGUUCCUAAGUCACUUCUAUAAUAGUUCCUACAGAAAAGCAGGUAGAAUACACUAAGCAUUAGAGGUUUGGUUAUUUUUUUAGAAGGCAUCACUGAUCAAAAUUUAUAUUUGGGAUUUACCCAGUGAUCAUGUAUUUACAAAAGGAGGACAUAACAUUCAAGAAUAAUAUGAGACACUCUCUCAUUGCUUUUUUUGCCAAGGUUAUAGAGUAAAGAUAAUAGAAGUUCUGUAUAGAGUGUCCUUUCCUUUUAUUAUUCUUCAUAGAAAUGAUCAAAUCCCCAACUUCUUUAGAGCAUUCUCUGCCACAUUGAGAAAGACUAUUAUGUUGUUAUACAUAGAAACUUCACUUUUCUUCAUUGGACUCAAGUACCCCUGUUGUUUGUACUUUGGGUACUAGAAACAGAGACAACUUCUUUUUCUUAUUCUCUAUCAUGCAUGGCAUGUGGGAUAACUGUAUCUGCCUCCUGUACACUGUCUCAACAAGUCUGCUCUUGUUACUGAUACUGAUUGGAUAGUAUCAAUAAGUCUGUGCUCUUUACUGCUGAUGUUACUCCUCAUGCCUUAGGAUCCCUUUUUACUGCAGCAGAGCAUGACCCAAAAAGAAACACACUGGUAUGGACCUGGGAGUGGGCACCUGACAUGGUUCAGAAUGUAUGGUUGUUAGAGCGAGGAAGCAUAUAAAGUUAGGCUGGCAGAGGAGGAGGCGUGGCUAUGAUUAACAAUUACAAAUAUAGGGAAUAUUGCAUUUCAUAAAUGAAAGUCCUACCAUACUAGAACUUGAAAGACAGAAAUAAAAGAAAGUACUGUUUCUACUUGUAUUACUCCCACAGAUUAGAAAUACAGGCCAAAAGCUAAAUACUUUUAAUAAUAGCCUACCUAAAUGUGUAGAUGACACAUAGUUGAGAAACUUUUUGCUUUAGGAAUGCUUUUCUAAUCCUUCUGAUUGAUACCCUAGAGGGUAGCCCUCUCCUUCAUCAUAGUCAUAAUCUGUUUGGAGUAAAUAAUAGAAUAAAACUAACAUUUCAAGAAUUAAAGCAGGGGUGGCAUACAGUCCCAGCUAUCUCUUUGGGUCCCCCCAAAUCAAUAAAGGAUGUAGGUUAGUCUCUCAUUUUCUCCUCUACUGUCUCUUUAAAGAACAACCUUUAUCUGUACAGAAACCUAUCGCAACAACACAGAGAGUAAGAACAAAGGGGAAGACGUGGUUACUGCUGUCCAUUGCCCACUAGGGCAGUGUAUUUCAGGGAUGCAAGAAGACAGCAUUACCAGAACUUUAGGAUUGGACAGGCCCCUAAUCCAGCUCCUCACCCGCUCCAGUGCUUGGCUCUUCUGUAUAAUAUCAUUUAGAGAUUUAGAGACCAUUUAGAGAGCAAGUGAUCUCCUAGCCCAUGAUUAAGUAUCUCCAAGAUAUAGCAUAUUACAUCUUUGGACAUAUGAUUUUUGUAUAUAAAUCAUUCUUAUGUUAAGACAAAAUCUGUUUCCCUAUAGCUUUCACUUCUUGGCCUUGAAUGGAGGCAUUCCGAAGAAUUUUCUAUCUUCCACACUGUAAGCUCUUCAAGUAGUUAAAAGUAACUCUCAUGUUGAAAUCAGUCACAGUUCUCACCCUCAGAUAGCUUCCCAUAUGAUAUCUAGACCUGUCCCCAGCAUCCUCCCAGCAUGUUACCCUUAUGCUUCCUACUUUCUUCCUUCCUUUUUCUAGCUCUCCUUGUUUAAUCAGCUUUCUUUCUGGCUCUGUUGCCCAUAGGUUACUUCUCUAUGGUUUAUUCAGCUUUAUGUCCCUAUUCAUUGACUUGUCCUCUGUCAAAUAAAUUUUGAAAUUCAUGGAAACCCCAGCUUCUUCAUAGGUAAUAGGCAUUUAGGACUUUUUUAGAUAAAAGCAUGGGAGUAGGAUAGUUUUGUGACUUUGGAAACUUGUUGUAGCCCAGAAUCUGUUGACAAGAUAGUAUCACUAUUUUUUUAAAUUAAAGUAUCAUUAAGAUAGUAUCACUAUUGUAUUUCAAAGACACAUAUCACCAGAGCCUGCAUUCUGAGCUUCUCUGACAACCUAACCUUUACAUGCUUUAGCACCCAAGUGAUUGAUUUAUAUCAGUGUGGUAUGAUAAAAUUCUGGAAACUUACUUUCAGUUUAACAUUCUGAUCAUGACUUAGAUCCCCACCAGAAAAAAAAUGAUAUUAAAAAUUUGAAAUGUUGUUAAUCCACCUUUUAGCUGUGCCUGUCUCCUCAAAACUGUGAGAUUCUCAGGUGAGAGGCGUCAUUUUAUUCAUCUUUGUUUGCCACUCUAUCACCUUUGUAUUUCAGAUAUAUGACAAAUAAUAAAUAUUUGUUAAAUUGAAUUAUGAGUCACAGAUGCUAAUGGAUAAACUCUAACUUUUCACUUAGAAUCUCUUAGAUUGGGAUACAAAUUUGUGCCAAAUUAAUCACCAUAUGCCCAAUCAAUACAUUUUGAACAGGUAGCUCAAAAAACCUAUAUAUGGGCGAAAAGCCACUGUCUCUU